UGGGCAAGUUAUGACAAUUCCUCUCACCAAUGCUCCAUCUCCUUCUGUCCAUGGUCUAUCUGACCAGAACAUUGAAAACAGUGGGAUUAAUGACCCCAACAGUGGGGUUAAUGACCCCAACAGUGGGGUUAAUGACCCCAUCAGUGGGGCUAACGACCCCAACAAUGGAUCAAUAAUAAGUGGUAUGCUAGACUCGUUUAAUUCUCUCUUUAGCCAAGCUCGUGAAAUAAUCACAUCAAAAAGCCACACCACUGACCACAUUGACGAAUCAGCCUUGCCUAUGAGAAUGCCAUCAAUCGAAAGCCAAAGUGCAACAACAUCCUUCCGCUCUACGAGGCGGACCACGGCAGCUGUCAAAGUUCCUCCUGCCUCUCAGGCUCUGACAGAGAGUGUGAAAUCUUUGAUGUCUGAGUUGAGUACCACUGGCCACCUGCCAGCACAGCCCAGUGUUCUGUUCAAAGAGCAGCAGCCUAUGAGCCUCCUGCCAGAAGUCUCUAACAUGCAACGUGCAUCUGUAACUAUGAUGAGAACACUGUCCAAAAAGCCAUAUUCUAAGAGUGCCGACAAUGUAAACAGUAUCGAUAAACGGACUGCGCCUCCCGUUGUUUUGUCACAGACAGUAAAGCCAAGUGCUAAAGUAAAUGCUCAGUUGCCAAGAACAACAGAGAAAGGAGUUACGUUUUCCACAAAACGUAUUUCUGAAACCACAAGUAAGUUAGACAUUUAUGUGUCCGCCAUGAUGACAACAACAACACACGUUGAUGUGAAAAGGUCAACCGAACAAAGACUUGCAGUAGGUCGCGGUGACAUCAAGUCGAGUGGUGACACCUUUCGAAUCUUUGCAGACAGUGCUGGGAACCUUGAAACACCUAACGAAUUGAAAAAUGUGAACAUACUAAAGCUGAAAAACAACAAAGGACAGGAGUCUGACUUCUCUCAGCCUCAAGGUUCUCUUGAGGAGGUGACAGAAAUGACAAUGGACAAGAGCAGUACUGUUCACCAUGGGAUAAUGAAAAGCACAGAAAGACUGGCUAGAGAGGAAAAACGCACGUCUGCAAACAUGUCUCCCUCCCAUCUUUUAAUUAAACUGUUGGGAGCAACAGCACACAGAGACAUUCAUCGGGCUGAAAAUCUCUCUGAAUUGCUGGAAGAAGAAAAUAAGUCAUUCUCCAGCCAAGCGCCAAGUCAUAAAAUGCCAGUGCAGACUGUGAUAACCCCAAGCCAGACACUAUCACGAAUUGUAUCUUUUAAUAAGAAACCACAUAUUGUGUCUAAACCACAACAAUUCUCUACCCAUAGGGUCACGCUUACAAAAUAUGCCAAUGCAUCAACAAAACAUAAGCAAAGCAAUCAGCAAAGACACUCAACAAAAGGAAAAAAACAAGUAUUUAUGACGACUUUCUCGCGAAGCACAGUCCCAGGCCCUCCAAAUCAAAUCAGAAAUGUGAAAGUAACAUUUAACGACUCUCCAGAGAUUGUGAAAUCAACAUUUUCUACACCUAACAGUGUUGGAAAUCUGUAUUCACUUACCGCUGCAAAAUCAUUAAUCACAGUUGGGCAGUCAACUAUUCAGCCUAAUAUUGCAAUAAAGACGUCUAAUUCCCACACAUCAAUAAUUCAACAUGUUUCAGCUCGAAAGCAUCACAUAAGCAUUUCGACAUUAACAACAUCAGGAAACUCAGUCUCUCAGUCCAUAACUGUUGGAAAACAUCUGCAACGUGAACGACCGGCGACACCUCUCUUUGACAUUGCUAAAGAGGACAUCGUGACCUCUGACAUCACUGAGGCAUUAAAGGGGAGUCACCUUGUUCCCCUUUUACCGCCUCGUCCAUAUAAUGACACAUCAACUAGUCCACCCACCGACGAUUACUCGCCCACAGGGCCACUUACCGCCAGCCUGGCUUUGCAUCAUCGCCAAGGGCAAUCUUCUUCUGAGAUAAUGCCUUUCGACGCUCCAUCUCAAAGCCAAUGGGACUCGUUUACAGAUUCGGAGGAGAAAGUGGAACGGCAUUCAAAUGCCUCACAUGCUUCUGCCGAUAACGAGCAAAUAAGCCCUUCAGAGGCUCCAAUAGUGCAUGAAGUGAAAAGUGAGCAAUCUGGGUUUAGCACAUGGCCGGCGCUGUUCGCUGCCGAUAGUUCAGCUGGCACCAGCCACAUUAACUUAACCCAAUCACGACCUGAUGAGACCAUGGGAUUGAGGGCCAAGGAACACACCCUGCCAAGUGCACUACUGCACCAGACCACUAAUGGGGUCGGGAAUGACCAUGCUUUGUCUGGAGUAAGUCCAGCGCAUGAGUCUGGUAGAAAGCUCCUGGGGUCUGGGAGUGGGUCAGAUCCAUUGGCCUUGCACCAGAGGAUUGGGUUAUCAUCCCCUGAUCUCCUCACUGGAUUAGCGGUAAUUUCCGAUGAUAUUUGUGGCACUGGCAACUACACGGCCGAGAUGAACUUGAACCUGGAGCGCGACGUUCUGCCCGGAGACUUUGUCCCGGCUCUGGGGAUUCUCCACGUGGUAAUCAAACUGAAAACCAACAACAGCCAGGUGAACCUAGAGAUAAAGUCCUGCUGUCUCUCGCCCACUGUUCAGCUUGAUGAAAUCAACACCACUUGUUGUGUGUUUUCCAGGUAGGUGUUCAUAUUGUUGUGUUUCAUAUAUGGAAUAUCUCCAGCAGCCCUACUACCAACAGCUCCAGAAUGGGACUAAACUGUCAAUACUGACUAACAUUCCAAUCAAGUAAAAUAAUGUCCUGGAAUCAAAUCAAUCCCGCUUGAUCCAGGUUAGCAGG